UAUGGACAAAACUAGGGUCACUCUUUCCCCGCAUUGGUGUGCCUGGAUUGCUUCUAUCAUACAUUUCAGCCCAUCAUACCUGAAAUCGAACCGAAUCAAAGCAGAGAGGGGAAGCAAUGGAAGCGCUGCUGCAGCUGGAGAAGGUGCAGAGGGUGCUCUCCCUCAUGGGGUCCCGUGGGCUCUCCGACCCCACCGCCGACGGGGGUGGCGGAGACCGCUUCCUCGCCCAUUUCCUCCUCUUCCUGGUGCAACCUUUUGAUUCACUUACCGUGGAAAAGAAAAUCUUAUUGGUCUCUGAGCUGUUAAGAGAGGUUAACUCUGGCACUCUUGAAGAAGUACAACAUCUCGCAAAUCUGGAAGUUACUAAAGGUGAAGACGAAACUGAUCAAGAUAUAUCUUCUGGACAUUUACUUCGGCCAACUAAGAAGUUCAAGAUGAAUACUGAUAAAUUAACCAUACAGGAUGUGCCUAUGAUUGGAUUUGAUGCGAUGACAAGAGCCAAUUCCACACUUGAAGAUUUUUUCAGGUCAUACUUUAUAUUUCAUGGUUUGGACAUUGACAAACCACAAGCUGUUUUCAAGUUUCUUCCUUUUCUUUCAUUCACAGAGAGCUACAUAUACCAGUUAGAUGCUUCAAAUGAAGACAGUUUGCUUUUGGUCCCAGACAACUAUCCUUCAGCAGUGUUGGAAAGGAAAAAAAUAGCUUCAACUGAGGCGUCUUUGUCUGACAUGCUUGACCCUCUUGAUAAUCUUCUUCAGUGCCAGGGGUUAAUGACAGACCAAUUGCGAAAUGAACUCAAAUCUGGCAUCCAGUAUUGGUCUCUUGAGAGGAAGCUUUGUCAAGCACUAUCGAGAAAUGAUAAGAUAUCAAUUGAAGAUGUGAUGAAAGCAAUCCAUCUCAAAUCAUUUGAUUAUCGAGUUCUUAAUCUGAUGAUGUAUCAGCUUACUGGUCAGCAGGUCAAUGAAUUGCACAUGGAGUUCCUGUCUGUCUCAGAAUUUCUAGUUGAGAUAUCUGAUGACCUGUACGAUUAUGAGGAUGAUGUGAUCAAUAACACUUUUAACAUCCUCCGCAUGUUUACUGCGAUAUAUGGACCUUUGGAUGCACCAAAGAUGUUGGCCAAGUGCAUAGGUGAAGCUGAGGAAAAAUAUGAGAGCUUUUCAAAGAAAUUGGACCCUAGCCUCUCAGGGAGUUACUGGAGAAGGUGUGAGGAAGCUACGAGGGAAGGUGGAAAAAUAUCUGGCCACACAUAUGGCACAUGGAACAUCCCUCCUCUGAUAAGAGACGAAGAAUCAUUCCGCCGUGAUAGAAUGAAAAAAGAUGAUGAUUCUGCUGUGACAAUCAGAUGAAAAAUAUCAUAUGUUUCAAGCAUUUUCAAAUAGAAGCGCAAAUCAUUGCUAGCAAGUGCCUUGCCGCCUAUGUCCUUUAGGUCUAUCUGUUCCUGUAGGGUCCAACAGAGUAGUUACCUGUAGUUCCUUGUAUCAGGUGUCAGGGUGUGCUGUCAUCUCAUGCAGUUCAUGGUGUGCUGUCAUCUCAUGCAGUUCACUCAAGCAAAUUUGACAAGAUUUUGCAUAGCUAGGAGCAGCUUAAUUUAUAUAGAGAUGUCUUGCUGUUUUUGUUGGAUGUGGGCCAGUCAAUCAGUUUUUUCUGCUUUGAACGAACUGAGGCUCAUCCAAGUCAAAAGCAGUUGAUUCUUGUGAUCCAGACUCCAGCAACUCUUAUUUGGGAUCUGCACAAGCUUAGAGAUAACCUGGAAACAUUAUGCUUAACCAGUGACAG